UGCGUUUGAUAUUGUUUCGUUUGAGCGUUAUAAAGAAAAGUAAAUGUUUGACAUAGACAAAACGUUUUCUGAACAUGGCAAAGCAUCACCCUGAUCUUAUUUUCUGCAGAAAACAGCCUGGCGUAGCUAUUGGUAGACUGUGUGAAAAAUGUGACGGUAAAUGUGUAAUAUGUGAUUCCUACGUCAGACCAUGCACACUGGUACGGAUCUGUGAUGAGUGUAAUUACGGCUCGUACCAGGGUCGCUGUGUGAUCUGUGGAGGGCCGGGCGUGUCAGAUGCUUACUACUGCAAGGAGUGUACCAUUAUGGAGAAAGAUAGGGAUGGAUGUCCAAAGAUUGUGAAUUUAGGAAGUGCAAAGACAGAUCUGUUUUAUGAAAGAAAGAAAUAUGGAUUCAAGAAGAGAUGAGAACUGUUGUUGUUGUGUGGGAAAUUAUCAAAUGACAGAGACAUCAGAAAAUCAUUCUUUGUGAAUUGUGAGCAAAUUUUAUGUGUGAAAAACUUGGUGCAAGCAUUGGUCUGCCAGUUGAAAGUGCAAAUGGUUACUCAUCAGCAGUUUUGUAUUUCAUUUAAAUAUCAUAGUCUUAAUUAUUUUAUCAUUCUCUACUUUCAGUAGGAAUUCAAGACAUUAUAUACAUUGUUUUUAUUCCAUUAUUAGUUAAUUUGUACAACAGGAAAAAAUAUCAUGUUGAUAUUCUAAGAAUUGCCAAUUAUAAAUUAACAAUGAGUUCUAUUCAAGCUAGGAUUAUACUGAUGUGCCAUUGGCAUGUUAUUUUAAUUUUGCAUUCCAAACACUGCCAGGCAAUUUCAUAAAAGCAUCUUUCAAUAAAAGAAAAUCAUGAGAAGUUU